UCUGCAAGAGGUUCUGCCCGGAGCCUGCGCACACAGUUAUCUAGAAUAUAUUGUUCCGUGUUCUGUGAUUGUGUGCGAUAAUGGCGAGUUGGUGAAGUCGUAGUUGUUUAAAUUGGAGGAGAUUGUGAAUGCUUCAUGAACCAUUUCAUUUUGUUUUGUGUUAAAUAUUUUCGGAAAAUAAGGUUUUCUUAGUUGUGCUUGUUUAUCUGGUGGUUACGCAUCGCUAGUGUGUUUGAAAUAUGGGGAAGAUUUUCCAUAAAAUGGCUACCGUUAAUGGUUAUAUCAUCCAGAUCGUUAGACGAUCGUCGAAUUUUCAUUGCGCGGGACUCGAGGAGAAAUAGCUGGGACGAGGCCCCCGUCGUCCCAGACGAACCUGCAGCACCCGGAACCGGGCACAUGGCGAUGAUGAGGAUGGAUGUAUGGAGGGCCGUAACGACGGGAGUCCCCGCAGCGGGGGACCUGGGCCUAGACGGGGCCCUCGUCCUGCGGCUAUCUCCCAUACCAGGGAGCACAUCAAAGUGAUCACCAUCUUCGACCAGUGGUGAACCCUCCGGGUUCUGACUUUCACAGCCCUUCUCCCUCCUCUGUGACGUUGUCAGAGAUUUUGGCGUCUCUUGCGACUUCACCCCCACCGCGGCCGGUCUCCGUUCCAGAGUCGGAACUAUCCCCGGGGUUCAUAUCUGCUUCUCCACCUCUAGCGCCGUUCCCCAUGAUGCCGGGUUAUUUCCCGAUGGUCGCCCCGGUGCCUCGGUAUGAGGUGAUCGCCGGUCCGGGCCUUGUCAUCCCUUGGGGCAGCGCCCGGACCAUCUCCACACCUUGGGUGUAACAGUGGGGGUUUUGGAAUACGCUGGGUGAGCCCUUAGUCAUUUUUCUUAUUAAAUAAACUUUGUUUUUUUUUCGUAAUUAGUUUUUAAGAAAUGUUUAUUUAAAUAAAUUUUGCAAAAUGUCUA